GGGCCAGACCACAUGGCCAGUAUCAGUUUACCUGUCAAGAACCUUAGAGACCAACGCUGUUGUCUUCAGAGAGAGAGCACAUACUAUUUGCUUAUUCAAUAUUUUUACAUUUUUCUCUUUUGUGUCCAUAAAUCUUCCACCAACCCCAUUUUCUUGAUUCUAUUCAAAGUUUCUGAAUCUUAAGCUAGCUACCUUACCUUCAUAUAAAUCCAUAUCAUCGCCACAUUCCUACGUACCCAUUUGAUUCUUUCUUUUGAAAGUUGUGCAAUCUUUUGGGGGGCUCCAUUAUUGUCUUCAACAUUCUUGAACCUUAAAGCUUUUGAAGGUUUAAAGGAAUUUUUUUUUUUUUUUUUGGCUGAAGAAACCUUUUUAAGAUUAAUUUAAAACUUAGAGAGAAAAGUGUUGCUGGGGUUGAAGAAAAAUGGAGCAGAAGCACAUUUUGUUGUCAGCUUUGAGCGUGGGGGUAGGACUUGGGGUGGGGCUUGGAUUGAGUUCUGGACAGACAGUCAGUAAAUGGGUAGGAGGGAAUUGGUCACCGCAUGAGAUUACAGCAGAGCAGAUUGAGCAAGAACUUAUGAGGCUGGUGGUGGAUGGGAAGGAUAGCAAAAUUACAUUCGAGGAGUUUCCUUAUUACCUAAGUAAGAGAACCCAGGUGUUAUUGACAAGUGCUGCAUAUGUUCAUUUAAAGCAUACUGACUUUUCCAAGCAUACCCGGAAUCUUUCACCUGCAAGUAGGGCUAUUUUGCUGUCUGGACCUGCCGAACUUUACCAGCAAAUGCUUGCCAAGGCUUUAGCACAUUUCUUUGAGGCAAAGUUGCUGUUACUUGAUGUCAAUGACUUCUCUCUGAAGAUGCAGAGCAAAUAUGGUUGUGCUAAAAAAGAAUCUUCCUUCAAGAGGUCCAUUUCAGAAAAGACAAUGGAGCGAAUGUCCAGUAUGUUUGGUUCACUGUCAAUCUUUCCUUCAAGUGAGGAAACUAGAGGCACAUUGCGUCAGCAGAACAGUGCUAUGGAUAUAAAAUCAAGGGCUAGUGAAGAUUCUAGUAGUCCUUCAAAAUUUCGGAGGAAUUCCUCUGCUUUGUCUGAUAUAAGUAGCAUUACUUCUCAAUGUGCUUCCACAAAUUCAGCUUCAAUGAAGCGCACAAACAGCUGGUGUUUUGAUGAGAAACUACUUCUACAGUCACUUUACAAGGUCUUGGUUUCAAUAUCAGAAACUGGUUCAAUUAUUUUAUACCUCAGGGAUGUUGACAAGCUUCUCCUCCAAUCACAAAGAUUAAACAAUCUCUUCAACAAAUUAUUAAACAAACUCUCGGGUUCAGUGCUGAUACUUGGGUCCCGGAUGUUGGACCCCGAAGAUGAUUGCAGAGAAGUGGAUGAGAGGCUCACUCUUUUAUUCCCAUAUAAUAUUGAGAUCACACCACCUGAAGAUGAAACUCAUCUAGUCAGCUGGAAAGCUCAACUCAAAGAGGACAUGAAGGUGAUCCAGUUUCAAGAUAACAAAAACCACAUUGCUGAGGUAUUAGCAGCAAAUGAUCUUGAAUGUGAUGAUUUGGGAUCAAUCUGCCAUGCUGACACAAUGGUUCUCAGUAACUACAUAGAAGAAAUCGUUGUAUCAGCAAUAUCUAAUCAUUUGAUGAAUAACAAGGAACCAGAAUAUCGAAAUGGAAAGCUUGUAAUAUCAUCUACCAGCUUGUCCCAUGGAUUGAGUUUAUUCCAGGAAGGUAAAAGUGGAGGAAAAGAUACUCUCAAACUGGAGACUAAUGUUGAUUCUUCAAAGGAAACUGAAGAUGAGCCUGUUAAUGCAAAGACCGAACCGAAAUCUGAAUCCAUUUCACCUGAAAACAAAAGUGAGACAGAGAAAUCAGUCAAUGCAAUGAAGAAGGAUGGCGAGAAUGCAUCACCACCAAAGCCUGAAGUUCCUCCUGACAAUGAGUUUGAGAAGCGCAUAAGGCCAGAGGUUAUCCCUGCCAGUGAGAUUGGAGUGACAUUUGCAGAUAUUGGUGCCAUGGAUGAGACUAAGGAAUCACUUCAGGAGUUGGUCAUGCUCCCUCUUCGAAGACCAGACCUAUUCAAAGGAGGGCUUCUCAAGCCUUGCAGAGGUAUAUUGCUUUUUGGACCUCCUGGUACUGGAAAAACAAUGUUGGCAAAAGCUAUUGCUAAUGAAGCUGGAGCAAGUUUCAUCAAUGUCUCAAUGUCUACCAUCACUUCAAAAUGGUUUGGGGAGGACGAAAAGAACGUUCGUGCUCUGUUCACACUUGCAGCAAAGGUCUCUCCAACAAUUAUUUUUGUAGAUGAGGUUGAUAGCAUGCUUGGGCAGCGGACUAGAGUUGGGGAGCACGAGGCCAUGCGAAAGAUUAAAAAUGAGUUCAUGACACACUGGGAUGGGCUUUUGACCAAACCUGGUGAACGGAUUCUUGUUCUUGCUGCAACCAACAGGCCAUUUGACCUUGAUGAAGCAAUUAUUAGGCGGUUUGAACGAAGAAUUAUGGUUGGUCUUCCAUCCGUUGAGAGCAGGGAGAAGAUCUUGAAAACUCUUCUGGCAAAAGAAAAAGUGGAAAAUCUAGACUUUAAGGAGCUUGCAACCUUGACCGAAGGAUAUAGUGGAAGUGAUCUAAAGAAUUUGUGCAUGACAGCAGCUUAUCGACCUGUUAGGGAGCUAAUACAACAGGAAAGAUUGAAGGAUAAGAGAACAAAGCAGAAAGAUGAAGAAGGCAAUAGCUCAGAAGGUACUUCAGAGACAAAAGAAGUAGAUAAAGAUGAGACAAAAGAAGAAGAUAAAGAUGACCAAGUAAUUACUUUGAGGCCUUUGAGCAUGGAAGAUAUGAGGCAAGCAAAGAAUCAGGUUGCUGCAAGUUUUGCCGCUGAGGGAUCAAAUAUGGCUGAGCUGAAGCAGUGGAAUGAUUUGUAUGGAGAAGGAGGUUCAAGGAAGAAGCAACAACUCACUUACUUCCUAUAGAUUGUAGAAAACAGGCACCACAUACCCUCACCAACACCAUUCGCUCUUAAGGGAUGUAGUAGUUGGAGGUGCUGGAAAGCCCUUCACAUGAAAUUCAAGGCCGCAUUGAAUGGGAAAUUCAAGAGCCAAAUCCCUCAAAGAAAGAUAUCAUAAAAAUGCUGGAAAUGUUUAUGUAAUGGUGCACAUGCAAUCUUUCAGACGAUCUAUCUGGCAUUUGUUUACAUCAUAGCUAAGAGGGGGUUAUCAGUAUCUGUCAGGCCAUUAUAUAAACCAAUUGUAAUCGGCACCAGUCUAUUGGGAUAUUAAUCAUAUUCUGUGCAUGUGUGGUAUUUGAAAUUUAUAUAGAUUUUCGGAAUGCUGUACCCUAUGGAACAUUCUCAUGCUGUCAUACAGUAGCAUUUGUACA